AUGAAGGAGCUAACACACGACUCAUCCAUCCUCAUCAUCGGCGGAGGAACAUGGGGCUGCUCAGCAGCACUAGAGCUCGCGCGCCGGGGCUACAAAAACAUCACCGUGCUGGAAGGCCAUCCUAUACCGUCUCCCAUAGCAGCCGGCAACGACGUCAACAAAAUCAUGGAGGAAGCCGAGCCCUCACCCAACGACACAGAUGAAGAAUACGUCUGGUCCCGCAUCCACCAACUCUCCACCCACGCCUGGCGCUCCGACCCCCUCUUCAAGCCCUUCUACCACCCCACCGGCCUCAUUCUCUCCGCGGUCACCGACCCCGUCUACGCGCACGUCCUUGCCGAUAUCCGCCGCGAGGCCGGCGCGUGGACGCCCCUCACCAGCCCCACGGACUUCCGCGCCACGAUGCCGUCCGGCGUGCUGAACGGCGCGUUUCCCCGGUGGCGCGGGUUCUGGAAGCGCCAGGGCUGCGGGUGGGUCUUUGCGCGGGGCGCGCUGGUGGCCGCGUACGAGGAGGCAAGGAGGCUGGGCGUGCGGUUCGUAACUGGGGACCCGCAAGGCCGGGUCGAGGGGUUGGUGCAUGACAGCGCGGGGGCGGAGGUGCUGGGGGUGCGGACGGCGGAUGGGGCUAAGCACUUGGCGGAUAGGACGGUGCUUGCUGCGGGGGCGAACAGCGAUCUUCUGCUGGACUUUGAGAAGCAGUUACGGCCGACGGCGUGGACGCUUUCACAUGUGCCGUUGACGGAGGAGGAGGCGGGGUUGUGUAGGGAGUUGCCGGUGCUGUUUAACGCUGAGAGGGGCUUCUUUAUCGAGCCCGAUGCUGAGAAGAGGGAGUUGAAGGUUUGCGAUGAGCAUCCUGGGUACUGCAAUUUCGUGAUUGGGGAGAAUGGAGAGAUGAGAUCGGUGCCGUUUGCGAGGCAGCAGAUCCCCGUCGAGGCAGCGGAGAGGGCCCAUCAGUUGCUGAGGGAUACGAUCGGUGGAGAUAUUCCGGAGCGGGAGUUUAGCUUCGCGAGGAUAUGUUGGGAUGCGGAUACGGUGGACCGCAUUUUUCUGAUUGAUCGGCACCCUAGGUACCGCCGCCUGGUAGUCGCGGUGGGCGGGUCCGGCAACGGGUUCAUGAACAUGCCGGCCGUCGGGCUAUUGGUUGCUGAUGCACUAGAGGACCGUAUGGAGCCUAGGCUGAAGAAGAUGCUGAGAUGGAGGCCUGAAAUUGCGGUGGACAGAGAUUGGUGGGACACUCAGGGCCGGUUCGGUGGGGAAUACAAAGUGAUGGAUUUCAAGGACGUGAAAGAGUGGACGAACGUUGGAGGGAUUACGGAUAAAGUCACGCAGCGAAGCCUUUCGGAUGCGGUACGGCAUGAGGAGAAGAGUGAUUCGUAA